AGCCAUUUUGGCUCAAGGCCGCUCUCGACUCCCCGCCGGCUCGGCCGCCAAGCGGAGCAAUGGCGAGGCUGCUGCCAGCGUGCGUCCUGCUCGCAGGCGCCUGCGCGGCGCUCCUGUGGCUCACGGCGUUCCGCGCACCGGCGCCGCCCGCAUUCCUGGCCUCGGCCGCUGCUGGCCGGCGCGAGGCCCUCCAGGCCGCCGCCGCGGCGGCGGCGACACUGGGCGGCCAAGCCGCGCUUGCGGACUUUCAGGGCGAGCCUGUCACCUGCAUGAAGAGGUAUGGCCCCGCCAUCAUUAAGCUGCAGAGCGCCGUGGAUUCCGGGGACAUGAAGGCCGUCCUGGCGAAGGAGAACAAGUUCAAGAUGCUCAACACCUAUUGGCGCAACCAGCCGAAGGACUUCGCGGCCCAGACCGAGCUCUCCGAGGACCUCCUGGACGCGGCCGCGGACGGGGAGACGGCCAAGGUGAAGACGCUGUACGCCAAGUACAUGGAGAAGUCGGAGCUGAAGUCGUUCGCCAACCUCCCUCCAGCCAGGCAGUACCACAUGACGAACCGCGACGCCUCCAUGGGCUCUCGCUGAGCUGGGGGCGCCCGGGUGUUGAUGUCAAGUAGUUUUUUGGAACAGGUGUUCGUAUGCGUGUUGUCCGGUAACGAUUCGUUGCGCAUGCGACAUCAGCGCAGGGGAACAAAAAACAAAACAACAAAUCAUAGUGUCACCGUACACCAGUUGAAAUAGAGCUCAUUUUGGUUCAAAUAUGCAGCGUUUAUUUUAUCAAUGGCUCAUUAAUGACGGCCGCUUCGCAGACCGACUACCUCUACCAGCUCUUGCCGUCCAUAGCGAAGAGGUUCCCUAACCUCGAUGGCAAUCCCCUUGAAGCCUGCAGCUCAAAGCUUAUGGAGGAUGUGCUGACUUUAGGGUGCGGGUGGUUUGCACCAGAGGCAGUGUGCGAGGAUGCGUAUUUCGAUCGACCUCCGUCCUCCGACUGGAGGCGGCCGUUCACGUAUCCCUCGCUGCCUGUCUCUGUGGGCCGUGGUGUUUCACGGUCACGUGGUUUCGCUUCCUUGUCAGCGGCGUGCAACUAACAUUUUCUUGCAGCUUACAGCAGUAUCCUCAGGAUGAAGAGAACUCCUGG